AUGGACUACAUGGAUGAUUCGUUUGACGAAACAGCACCCGAGCGUGUUCGGUUUAAGUCCAGAAUCAGAGUCGGAUCUGAAGGGGAUAAAUAUGCGAAAGUGACUAGGAUGUUGCUGGACAUUGUUUUCUGGGCAAUGAACAAUGAUGAUGCGCCACAAAACUUCAUGCUGAUCUCAAAACCCUUUGAAAACACCACCAAGUGUGACGUUGUUAUUCAAGCGUUGGAACGCAGAGGUGUCAACAUCAUCUUUAGACCCUCUGAUCAGGUCGCAUCGAUAGAUCAAUCUACCGUCGACAUCUUCGCGUCGCUUUGUAAAAGACUACCAGUUGAUGCAGAGAUGCAUUUCAACGAAAGCAUAAAGUCACAAGGUCGGAUUCUGACAGAGCAGAGCGAAAAACUUGGAUCGAAAGGGGUAGCUGUUUUCUGGUUGGCCGAUUAUUGCCCAUGCAAUCCUCGCAAGAUUUGGUCUAAUGUCCGGUUAGCUCUGAAGAAGAAAGGUUAUAAAGGGGUUGAGUCUACAUUUACAAUGUUAAUUGAUAAGGGACGUUAUUUAGAUGAUGUAAUGAAGGAAGUCUAUGACAAGGCUGGAGUGUAUGACAUAGCCGUAUCUGAAGAGGACAAAUGUGGAAAAGUGACAAGGAUGCUGAGGGAGAUGAUUUCUUGGAGAAGGUUCUUUCUAAGGCCAGCAAAUUUUGUGGUAAUCUCAGAACCUUUCAUAGACCCAAUUUGUGACAGAGUUGUUGAAGGUUUUAAACUCAGGGGGUGCAAUGUUCUCUUCGAACUACCUGAUUAUAUGCUCACAUUUGGAAGUUCACGAUGGUCUGCAGAUCAGCUAUUAGGGGACAGUUUCCCUUGA